UUCAGCCGCGGAAUCAAUGAGGCACAAUGAGGCUGCGGUUGAACACUGAUAUUUCCUGCACAUGCAUGUAACUUCUAUGCGUAGUAUGUCACUUUAUCUUUUCUCGGUGUGCGUACUUCAAUUCAACAUGCGCCAAUAUAACACUUGUAUCUAAACUGUCAAUCUCUGUACCUUCACAUCUAAAGUUCCCGCCAGCCCCAGCUCUCAAUUUCUACCCAAACAUCCCAUUCAGCGUCAAUUUUCUGGGUCAAAAUGCAGGUCCGAAAGCCUCUCAAUCUUUUAAACGACAUCCCCAGGGAGAUUCGUGACGAAAUAUAUAAAUAUGCCUUUCAAACCCCGUACAACUGUGUCACCUACCGCUGCACUCUAAAGAAUACCUAUCAAAUCCUUCCCUACGACCCUCAAAACGACAUUUGUCUCUCAAGCUCUCCUAUUCCCGCUCUUGGUCUGCUAAGUACUUGUGUUCAACUAUACAACGAGGCUAUCAUCUCCCUGUGGAAGGUAAAUUCCCUUGGGCUUUGGCCUGCCGAUCUACUUUUCCGCCUGGGGAGUUUGGGGGAAGAUGCAUUUAUGCACAUACAAUCUCUACAAGUGAAUCUGGACUUGACUGACUCAGAUGAUUUAAAAUGGGCCGAAAUGUUGUUUUCGAGAAUCGGAGGAAAAUGGAGUAUUCGUGAUGAAAGGACCGAGGGAAAAACAUGGGGGAGUUUAAAGCGUGUUCAGAUUAACCCGAUGAGGACUGAGGAGAUGAAAAUGGAUGUAAAAUGGAUGCAGCGGAUUUCAGAAGCUAUGCAUUUGCGGUGGAAAAGUGAAGAAUUACUUGCUGGUCAGAAUGAAGAUGCGAAUAAGACAUGGGGGUUGUAUUCUGAAUGGAUGGAACUUUUCCGUAAGACAGGAACACCUGGGAACGAUGCAUAUUUAGGAAACGAAGUAAAGAGGGUGGUUAGUGUGAAUACGGCAUGGGAUGAAUGGGCUUAUUGGGACCAGAAUGAGUGGAUAAAGAAGUUAAAACAUGGAGCUAAUGUGAAAGCAAUGGAGCAGGUAAUGAAGGAUCUGAAUGAGACAUUUGGGGGCGAAUUGUGGGCAAAUGGAAUAUUGCGCUAUAAAGGGGACAAGAGACUUAGGAAGGUUUUUAAGAUGAAGCAGGUGGAUCUUUUGGCGUGUUAGGUAUGAUCCAUGAAUGUGGUGAUUGUUCAGACGCAGGAACUGACAACAGCAAAACAUGAUUUAAUCAUCGACGCUAGCUUGUCUGAGAAAGCAGAUGUUAUAAUGAAGGGCAGGGGGGGAAAUGAUAGCCGGGCGUUCAACGAAAAGAUGCACUACUGCGAGGACUAUUUGACUGGGCGAACUGGCUGGUGGCAGCAUUCAAAAGAAAAGCUAGCUCAAAAUUCUAAUCUUUUAGGGUCUUCUGGACAUCAGCUUAAAUGGACGGGAGAGCAUCUUAAGGACGGAAAAGCAGGCCAUGAAUAAAAACGAUGCGAUGAUGUAGUGGCUAUCUGGAUGAAGCACUUGGCGACAGAUAACUAGGCCCCUAGAGCGCAUCACAUUUCUGCAGGAGAUUGCUAGUCAAGACUUCUAGCCAGUAAUUAAUCAACGAUAUGCUUACUAUUAGAUAAAUGUAGCAGGUCGAGCUUUACGAAUGCCAUG